AGUGAAAGUCACUUUAAAGCAUCAGUAGAUCCGGAACAGAUAAUACGAUGUCUCCCAAAUUUAUCAUAUCCUUGACGCUGAUGGCCAUGCUAAUGGUCUUCACUGCACCUGCAGCCGAGGGGACGUUCCUUCUAUUUGCAUGUCUGACAGGAUCACCGCUGUGUCCCUACCGCACUACGACCCCAAGAUGCCCAACUGCUGGUCAGACUUACAAUCCUGUAACUCGCGAAUGUGCGGCUUAAAACCAAAGAUUGGAAUCUACAAAAGAUACUUUCGAGUCUUAUCACAUUAUCAAUUAUAUCUUGUUGAAGUCUAAAACAAAUAUAAAAUAUCGCAUUA